AGAUGUCGCUUUGAGAAACUUGCAAUUCUAAUGAGCCCGACAAAUUUCGUAACAAUUAUUUCUAAAUUUAUUUUUAUAAACAUUCAAUAACACACGGAAAAUUUUUAAAUAAAUAAAUGUGAAUGGAAUACAAAAAAGAAAAAAAAGUAAGUGACGUAAAUACAAUUUUUCUGAAAAUAUUGUGUUUGUUAUCGAUAGCUAAGCACAAAUUCUAUUUAACCGACGUUAAAAUUCUUAAGUGUGUAGCAAUGCUGUCUAUUUAUUGACAGCUAACAGCUGAUCAAACUGUCAUUUCUGCUACUCGCUGUCAAAUUAUUGUGAAAAAAGUUUGUGUUGGUGAGUGAGAUUUCGUUGGAAGUUGUUUCGUUGUUUUACAAAUUCUAAUAUAUCAAACUAAAGUAAAAUGUGGUUCGAAAUCUUACCUUCAGCCGGCAUUAUCACAGUUGUACUUGCGGUUCCUGUGUACGCUAUGUGGGGUCUUAACAAAUUGACCCUUGGCAAUGCCUACCGCCGCAAUAUGGACGAACGUUUCGAUCGAAUGUUGUAUCAACGCGACAGCAGACUAACCAACAAUCCGUACAUUCAGAAUGGCUUGGAUUCCAUUCCAGAUGAAGAAAGUAAUUAAACGUCGUGUAUAUAUGCAAUUAAACCACAUUUAUAGUGUAACAUUAAUGAAAGAUAUCAAAUAAAACAUGUAAAACAAAUA